AUGCUUCCGAGGAAUCUACAGAGUGUUGCUGCGCGUACCGGCACCCGUACCCGCAACCUGAUUCGGUCAUCAGCGCCUUCGACAUCGCUGCGUAUAGUGGUUGGGCACCAACAUUCUGCUUUUCAUUCCUCGUCUCGGCGCCAGAACGAACUUCCAAAAUCACCUUUUCAAACAUUUGUGGAAGUAUUAAAAGACGAGUUGAAGAAGAGUCGAGAGCUCCAGGAUAGUGUCAAGCAGCUGCAGGGUGAUGUAGACAAGCUACAGGACUCGGAGGCGCUGAAACGCGCGAGAGCAGCGUAUGAACGGGCAAGGUUAACUUCCAGUAUCAAAGAAAAUCCAAAAUUAAGAGCCGCCGCUGAGGAGCUCAAGAAAGCUGGCAUUAAGGUUGGAGAUGCCGUUUCGGAGGCUCUGAAAACCAUGGAAGAGAGCGAAGUUAUGCGAGUUAUAUCUCGGGCAUCCUCUGCAGUCUCAUCUGCUGUUGAAAAAUCGACAGAACCCAUCCGAAAGACCGCUGCAUACAAAACGUUAGCCGAAACAAUAGUCGAUUCAUUAGAUGACAGUGGUAGUGCCAAACAUGCUGGAUUCGAGGAGAAAGAGGCACGUCGACUCAGAAGGCAAAAGCGCCUUGAAAAAGCUGGUCGUGCUGCUGGACUGGGCCCAAACCGUAUUGUUGCAAACCCCGAUGCCGGUGAAGCCAUGGUGCUCCAUAAAGAUUCCCCAAGACAAGAAGCUUGGAACAAACUGAAGGAAACGAACCCUGUUCUGAGAACUCUAGUAUCGAUGCGACAAGCAUACGAUGAGAGUGAAAAUCCUAUUGUCUCUUCCGUGCGAUCUGUAACGGAAACCGUGGGGUCAUGGUUCGAUGAAAAUGAGACUGCCCAGGUAAUGCGACUCAUGAAGAGCAUGGACCCAUCAUUCAAUCGUGAAAAUUUCGAGCGAGAGCUGAGGGAGUACAUUGUUCCAGAGGUCGUAGAUGCUUACUUGUCUGCUGAUCGGGAGUCAUUGCAACAGUGGUGUGGUGAAGCCACAUAUAAUGUGCUAUGGGCAACCAUGGAACACUUCCUUCGUCAAGGAUUGAUAAGUGAUAGCAAAGUGCUGGAUAUUCGUCAAGUUGAUGUCUCUGAUGCCAAAAUACUGGAGAAUGAAGUGCCCAUUUUUUUGGUUACCUUUGCAACCCAGGAAAUGCUGCUAUUCCGUAAUGCUAAAACGGGAGAGAUCGUUGUUGGCGCUGAAAACAAGGUCGAGCAAUGCACAUAUGCUGCAGCCGUGACCCGUGUUCCAGAGGACUUGGAUAACGAGCUUACUGGAGGGUGGAAAGUUGUUGAGAUGGCGCGAAGAAGUGCACGUGCAUAUCUUUAA